AGUAAGUCCACCCUCCGACCUAGGCGAGCCAUCGUGCUGCGAGAAGCAGCAUUGUGCGAAGAGUGUUCUGUCGACGGUGGCUAACGGAGGUUUGGACGGCGACAGAGGCCAUCUUUCGUCUUCCGCGACUUUCAAAGAGCCUUAAUGGACAUCAGCUCUGAAGAAGAAUCAGAUAUCAGUGAAUCUGAGAUUGAUGAGUACAAGGAGAAACCAUAUGAACAAUUAAGGACUGGGAACCAUAAAGUAAAAAAUUCAAAUGGCACUCUCAGAUGUCCUUUCUGUGCUGGAAAGAAAAAGCAAGAUUACAAAUACAAAGACUUGCUGCAACAUGCGUCAGGAGUGGGUAAGGGUUCAGCUAAUAGAAGUGCAAAACAGAAGGCUAACCACCUUGCUCUGGCUAAAUAUUUGGAGACUGAUUUAUCUGGUGAAGGAGAGCAAGUCCAACCACCCUUACCAAAACCUGUCAGUCAACCUCAGCAGGAUGAACUUUAUGUCUGGCCCUGGACUGGAAUAAUGGUCAACAUACAGGAUAAGAGUUUACAUAAUUCUGAGUAUUGGCUGAAGGAGUUGGCUAAAUACAGGCCCUUAGAUGUUCGGAUGUUAAAUGAAGAUGACCCCACUGCUCAAGCUGUGGUAGAAUUUAGUGAUGAUUGGAAUGGCUUUCUGAAUGCUAGAGAUUUUGAGAAGUCAUUUGAAGUAAAACAUUUUGGUAAAAUGGAUUGGAAGAUGCAAAACGUGCAGCUAGGAUCGAAUAUUUAUGGAUGGAUUGCUCGAGAAGAUGAUUAUCAUUGUGAGGGGCCAAUAGGGAAAUACCUCCGCAAGAAAGGAAGCUUAAAAACUGUCUCAGAUGUUGUCCAUGAAGCAUCGAAAAGCAGGCAUAAAGUUGUGGAAAACCUAGCAAAGAAAAUUGAUAUGACAAAUGAGAACCUUAACAAAAUGCAAUAUAAAUACAAUGAGACGACCUUGUCAUUGAGUAGGAUGCUUGUGGAGAAAGACCAGCUGCAUCAUGCUUUUCUUGAAGAAUCAAGGAAAAUGCAGCGGAGGGCACGAGAGGAGUUACAAAGGAUACUGGAUGAACAAGAAAAGUUAAACAGUGAAUUAGAGGCCAAGAAGCGGAAGCUUGAUUUGUGGAGCAGAGAUUUAAACAAAAGAGAAGUAGUAACUGAGCAAGAGAAGCAGAAGCUUGAAGAAGACAAAAGGAUGAAAGAUCUAAGGAAUGAAUCCCUCAAUAAGGCUUCUGUGGAGCGGAAGAAAGCUGAUGGGAAUGUCUUGAGACUUAUUGAAGAGCAACAGAGAGAGAAAGAGGAGGCAUUGAGGAAGAUUAUUGAGUUGGAAAAGCAGCUUGAUGCGAAGCAGAAGUUGGAAAUGGAAAUAGAAGAGUUGAAGGGGAAAUUACAAGUGUGGAAGCAUCUUGGAGAUGAUGAUGCUGUCCAGAAGAAGAUUAAAGAAAUGAAUGAUGAGUUGGAACAAAAAGAAGUUGAAUUAGAUGAUGUGGAAUCCAUGAAUCAAACUCUUAUUGUCAAGGAGCGCCAGAGCAAUGAUGAACUACAAGAAGCUCGUAAAGAACUAAUAGAAGGGCUAAAGAAUAUGCUAAAUGCCCGAACUAAUAUUGGGAUUAAGAGAAUGGGAGAGCUUGAUGAGAAGGUUUUUGUGAAUGUUUGCAAGAAAAAGAUCGCUCUCGAAGAUCCUCAGACAAAGGGUGUUGAGCUGUGCUCCUUGUGGCAAGAGAACUUGAAGGAUUCAGCGUGGCAUCCUUUUAAAGUGAUCUCAGAUCAUGAGAAAGCGGAGGAAUUAAUUGAUGAAGAUGAUGAAAAGUUGCGAAAUCUCAAGGAGGAAUGGGGAGAUGAUAUAUACAUGACGGUCAUUACGGCCUUGAGAGAAUUAAAUGAAUAUAAUCCUAGUGGUAGAUAUAUUGUUUUUGAACUAUGGAACUUCAAGGAAAAUAGGAAGGCUACAUUGAAAGAGGUCAUCAAUUACAUUGUGGGGCAGAUCAAGCAAUUUAAGCGUAAGAGGACAACGCGGUGAGCGUAACGGCCCCCUAUGUUAUGCUAAGAUCUUUGGUGCAGGCUCAGCAGAAGAAAGUGUGAUAUUUCAAGAGAAGAUGGAAACACAUUGGUUCUUUGCCUUGUGCUUCUGAGUCACAAGCCCUUUAAUUAAUGUUGCUGUGUGUGAGAUAUUCCUAAAAUUGUCAUUAGUAAUGGAGAUGAACCUCAGCAGAAACCUAAGUUUCAAUUACAACUUUCGUUGUCUGUUUUAAAUAAUCGGACUCCUCCUUAUGAAGGUUUAGCUGUUCACUAGAGGAUGCAGAAAGAAAUUUGCCUAAGAUUGUUUAUGCUCCUAACCCUUUUUUCCUUUUCUAGG